AUGGCGCUGUCGGAGAAGAACUCGGGCAAGUCGUCUGAUGACGACCUGCACCAUGACAAUGCCGUCCCUGCUAUACCCUCUGAUGAUGGAUUCGACGAUGAUUCCAAGGUGCCGUUCCUCACGGCUAGGACGUUUCUGAUGACGAUUCUGGUCUCCAUGGGUGGAAUCUGCUUCGGUUACGACACUGGUCAGAUAUCUGGCUUUCUGCAAAUGGACGACUUUAGGUACCAGUUUGCGGAUAACCGAGAGGAACUCACUCUAUCGCCAACCCGGACUGGACUCAUCGUUGCGACUCUGUCGCUCGGAACACUGGUUGGAGCUCUUAUCGCUGGCCCAGUGGCGAACAACAGAAGACUCGGCAGGAAGUACUCGGUCUGCCUCUGGUGUGCCGUCUUUAUCAUUGGAAACUGCUUCCAGAUCGCUGCGCAGUAUCCAUUCUGGUGGAUUAUGAUGCUGGGCCGUAUCAUUUCUGGUUUCGCCAUUGGAGGUCUUUCGGUCAUGGUCCCAGCAUAUCAAGGAGAGUCCGCGCCAACCCAUCUCCGAGGUGCCAUUGUCUGCUGCUAUCAAUUGUUCAUCACGAUCGGUAUUCUGAUCGCAUACCUCAUCAACUUCGGCACUGAAGUUAUUGAGGGAUCUGCUUCGUGGCGCAUUCCCGUCGCUAUAAGCUACUUUUGGGCUGCUGUCCUAGGCUUCGGUAUCCUGUUCUUCCCAGAAACUCCAAGGCACGAGUUCCGCCACGGUGCUGUAGACUCUGCUGCGAAGAGUAUUGCGGCAUUCUAUGGUGUCAGCCCACGCCACAAGGUUGUCAAGAAGCAGCUUCAGGAAAUGCAAGAGAAGCUGGCCAUCGAGCAAGAGGGCGGCGAGCACUCUUUCUGGGAGGUCUUCACGGGACCUCGCAUGUUGUACCGCACGCUUCUUGGAAUGUCGAUCCAGGCGCUGCAACAGAUGACGGGAGCCAACUUUUUCUUCUACUACGGCACCACAAUCUUCAGCUCCGUCGGCCUAUCCAAUCCAUUCGUCACACAGAUCAUUCUGGGUGCAGUCAACGUAGUCACUACCUUCCCAGGUCUCUACAUGGUCGAGAAGUACGGCCGCAGAAAGUGUCUCACUCUCGGCGCAGCCUGGAUGUUCAUGUGCUUCAUGGUCUUCGCAUCGAUGGGCUACUUUGAGCUCGAAGCUCCAGACGGCAGCAACCGCACCUCGAUUGGAUAUGUCAUGAUCGUCUUUGCCUGCCUCUUCAUCGCAGCUUUCGCCAGCACUUGGGGACCAAUGGCGUGGGCCGUCACUUCCGAAAUCUAUCCUUCCCGGUACAGAAGUCCCUGCAUCGCCCUUUGUGCGGCAUCGAACUGGGCUUUCAACUUCUUCAUCGGAUUCGCCACCGAGUUCAUCGUCGAGGACAUCGGCUUCGCGUACGGAUACCUCUUCGCGGCAUGCAAUUUCAUCGCCGUGUUGGUGGUGUACUUCUUGCUGCCUGAGACCUCCGGCCGAUCCCUUGAGGAGAUUGACACCAUGUUCUUGCUGGAGAUCAAGCCCUGGAAAUCGAGCAACUGGCAUGCCCCACAAGGAGAGAAUCUUAUCACUGCGGAUAACCUGAGACUUUCGCAAGGUGGAAGGAAUAUCUUGAAGAGGGAUGAGGCGAAUGAGCCGACGGACAUGCAGUAUGAGACUGUGAAGAAUGAGCAGCAGAAUGGGUCGAAUACUGUUGCGGGUGGUGCGAGGGGCGAUUCGAUCACGGCUGUAUAG